GUAAGCGGCGCCUGCCGCAGCUCACUUCAGAGCACUCGCUCCUCUUAUUCUCGCUCUUUCUUUAUUCGCUCGCGCGAAAACGUGACGCUGAUUUUUCCGAGCGAUUGUGUCUGCCUUUGUUCCGUCUGUCAUGUUUUGAAACUCUCACGUCUGUUUUUUUCGAUACAGUAGUUUCCGCAAAAAGGAAAGGGACGCACGGUCCCGAGGAUCGAACGUGGUUUUUGAGGUGUCAACGAUGUCACGGUGAAGUCGGUCCGUGCGUGAAAGUUCAAGGAAGGCGCGAAACGAUCCUCCAGUAACAUCUUGAGACCUAUCAACGUCAACAGUCGUUAAAAAAAAUCGUUCGUCUUCGUCGCCGUGUUAAGAUCGCAUUGUAGUGUCAACUGGUGUGUAAUUAAAAAACGUUGAUCCUUUGAGAAACACAGCAGUGUCCUGACGGAUCAGAGAGAGGAUGCUUCUUUUGAUAAAGGACGAAGAUUUAAAAGCUGGAUUUGCUUGCGUCGCGUGAAACGAAUUAACCUAGAAAAAAAUAGUGCUGAACGCAAGAAUGUCGAGUCCUGUUCAAUCGGAUGAGAAUAUCCUCGAGGAGGCGCGGAUAUUUUUUAAGGAGCCGGAGUUGUCCUGAAUUAUCGAGCGACCUCUUCCACUGCAUGAAAAAGCCCGCAUAUCAACAUCAAACAUGUUCGGCUGUCCUAGAGAGGCCGUUCGCGUCAAAGUGAAGAAAUGUGAGACCAGGCACCAACCCGAGUACCGGAAAUUCAGCGUGGACCCACAGAUAACAUCUAUCGAAGUACUUCAGAGUAUACUCAUCAAAGCGUUCGACAUCAAAGGAGAAUUCACCGUUUCAUAUCGGGCAAUAGACGAUUAUGGAUCCGAAACGUACUUAUUCCUGCUUUCCGAUUGGGACUUGGAUGCAGCAUUCAUUAGCGCUUCCGAACCAUAUUUGUACCUACAAGUCAACUUGAAACCAUUCGGAGAAACGGGCGACUGCGAGUGUUACUGGGAGCAGAAUGCCCAGGAAGUAUCAACGCGACAGGAAACCGGGUUUCCGUACAGGACACCCAAGUUACCUGGUCUCAUAAUGAAUAAGAUGGAGAAAACGCUGAACAUGGUUCAGCGUGCUCUGGGUAACUUGGGUGAGGAUUCGCAUCAACAAAGUGUUCAACCACCACGGCAGCCGCUCACGGAUGCAGAGUUCCGCCGAUUUCUGGAUCCCAUCGGACAGGUGAUACACCCGAAGGAAUUAAGGGCCGUAAUAUACUUUGGCGGGAUUGAACCCAGUCUACGUAAAGUGGUUUGGAAGCACAUAUUGAACGUGUACCCUGAAGGCAUGUCUGGACGCGAGAGAAUGGACUACAUGAAGAAAAAGUCGCAGGAAUAUCAAAAUCUUCGAGAAAGGUGGAAAUCCCUUGUUCAAAAGGGACAAAACGUAGGGGACCUGGGUUACGUGACGAGUAUGGUGCGCAAAGACGUUUUAAGGACCGAUAGACACCACAAGUUCUACGGUGGAUCCGAUGACAAUCAGAACACGGCCAGUUUGUUCAAUAUCCUGACUACGUACGCAUUGAAUCAUCCAAGCGUCAGUUAUUGUCAAGGCAUGAGCGAUCUAGCAUCUCCUCUUCUUGUCACGAUGAGGGACGAGGCGCAAGCGUACAUAUGCCUGUGCGCUCUUAUGAGAAGGUUGAAAGAUAAUUUUAUGCUCGAUGGAAUUGCCAUGACCACUAAGUUUGCCCAUUUAGCUGAAGGUUUACAACAUUACGAUCCGGAUUUCUACGUUUAUUUGAAGUCUCAUCAAGCGGAUGAUUUAUUGUUUUGCUAUCGGUGGCUUUUGUUGGAAAUGAAACGGGAAUUUGCUUUAGACGAUGCUUUAAGGAUGCUUGAAGUUUUAUGGGCCGCGUUACCAGCUUCGCCACCGAAUGGAGAACUUAAUCUCGCGGAAGUACCAUUUCCUCCACCUUCGCCGCCACCGAGUCCAAAUGUGAAACAUAUUCGUGAAAAUGCAUACACAAAAGUCUGUGCUAUCAGGCGACAAAGUUCUUCUGCAAGCAUUGCAGCUACUGGAAAGAGAAAAACAAUGAAUACAGAAGAAUCUACACAACUUUCGACAGAAACCAAUGGAGAUUCGAAACGAUCAAAUUCUCCAUACGAAGCAUUCUCUGAACCAGAAAAUGAUUUAACAAGUGCAAAAAAUCGAAGAAAUUCCGAAUCUACGGAAAAGUGCCUAAGUACAGGAUCAUUACCUGGCAAAUCUAAACGUGGAAACUUGUUGGAACUGAAGGAAAGAUUAUCAUUACCAAGUAAAGAUCAAAAUAAAAAUAACGAACAAACUGAAAACGAGAAAAAAUGCGCACGGGUGGUAAAAAAUCUAAAUGAAUUCUUGAAUUUUACAAGCCUUAAUCGUAGUAAAGUAACGCCAAGCGAUACCGAGCCAGAAUUGAGACGAGUUUCGAGCGAGAGCGGUGUUAUAAGGGUAUUAAAAGACGAGCCUAGUUCGCCAGAUGAUGCAACAGACUUCUUCCCAAUGACUACUUCGAUGACUAGAGAGUUAAGACUGGAACUAGAAUCACUGGAUCGACAAGUUUUCGGACCAUCACCACCCAGCGAUCAGCAAUGUGAUUGCGUUCUUUCAAAACGAGAUAGUGAACUUGUUGAAAAUGAAACGGACACAGAAUUAGCAAGGUGCAGUCCAGCCGCAGAUGUAUUCGUUUGGGAAAAUCCUCUUCAUACAUUACAGCCUAAAGCUCAUCCAGCUACUCCUGAUGAACAAGCAGAACUUGAGUACGAUGGAGAAAUAUUGGAGGACCAAAAUGGUGUUAAAUCUGUUACUCCUAUUAGAUUAUUAAAACGUACUACUAGGUCUGAAUCGGCAUCAGAUAGCGAAGAAACAGAAAGUUGGCAUCAAAAUGCAACUAUACCUGAAAGUCCAACUAAGCAACCUGUACAAGAACACUGUGAAGAAGCUGCAGAAUUGAUGAAUCUUAUACCAGCAGGUACAAAUGAAGAUCAGUUAGGAGAAAGUUCUUUACCUCCACCCAACGAGUUCGGCGGUGGUAACCCCUUCCUUAUGUUCCUGUGCAUUACGCUUUUACUUCAACACAGAGACUUUGUCAUGCGUAAUCAAAUGGAUUACAACGAAAUGGCCAUGCAUUUCGACAAAAUGGUUCGUCGACACAACGUAAUUCGAGUGCUCAAUCAAGCGAGGCAGCUGUUCGCUGGUUAUCUUAGAAGACAUUCUUCUUCAUCAUCAGCGACGAAGUCAGACUCUAUAAACGUAUAAAUACUAUAAGCUCUUAAUGCCUGAAUGUAUUUGCUGAUACCAUUUAACAUGAAUUGUGAAAUUAUCAACCUUGAAUCGAAACUCUUCGGUCGAAAACAAUGAACAAUAAGUGGAAGGAUGUUUUUUAAAUCGGAGAAGUGAGUCGAUAUGCUUCCAUCGACGAAAAUAUGUCACAUGAAAUACGUAUCGGUAAUAGAAUAGGCAAUAAGAAAAUAAAACAAUCUUUCCCGAAGGUGCUCUUCCGAUCAUUAAAGUCAUCGAUUUAUUGCGCAUUCUCUUAACCCUUUCAGAUUUGCAGUUUCUUAUUUACACACUUAUGUACAAAAAUUGUUAUUGUUUAAUGGUGAAACUUUUAAACACUGAGAAUAAUAUUUUUUAUAAUAUUUAUUUAUGUCUCUUUUACUGCCCAUCGAUCAGUUUUUUUAAAUAAAAUUUAAUUUUUGUUUACAAAAAAAUUAAUUUUAAAUUGAAAGGGUUAAUAUCCUCACGUGUAUAUACAUACUGAAUGUGUAUAUACACUGAUGUAAUUAUAUUUGCAAUUUAGUAGCGCUUGUUAUAAAGCAAUUUAAGAUACAUUUGUAUCAUACAUAUUUCGAAGUUCGUGAAAUCAAAUUAACUGAAUAUUUCUUUGAUAUUUAAUGUAUGAAAUUUAUAGUACAUCCUAAAAUGGAAGCUAAAACAACACACCAUGUUAUGAAUGGCACUCUGUUCAUUUUAUCUGUUUAUCACGAUAUCACCUAUACCAUAUGCACUGCAUCGACAAACCCUUUCGCUGUACCUCGAUUUAGAAUUAAGCCAAUAGUUUAAAUUUGUAAAAUACCUAUAAUUACCGUAGCAACCGUCUCUUAUUUUGUUCUCAAACUGGAUACUUGAGAAACGACAAUAAAAUGCAUUUAAUUUUAUCGCUAAUAGUUGUGAAGUAUUAAUUCAUUUGUAUUCUUUGUAAUUUCAGAAAGGUUAACGCUCAUCUUAAUUUUUUAUACGCGUAAUAUUCUUAGUUUUUAUACUU